UUACAUAGUUACUUUGUUUACUUAAGUUUAAACCUUCAAACAAACAGGAGUUUUAUAUUCGUUUCAUACUGGUAAUGUUAUGCAUAACUUGUUUACGGGCUUUGGACAAUUGGAUGGGCGAAAUUUGUUGAGCUGUUUAAUUUAGCUUACAAUCAUUAAGAGGCACUAACAUAUUUAAGUUGAAUCAAAGGUAAAGGGAUCCUUAGCUGCCGUGUUUGUGAAAAUUAAUUUAGUAAAAUGGCAACCUUUUCACAAUCCUCCUUAGACAAGGGAUCUGACAUUACAAAAAGCUUUUCACAAUCCACCAUUGACAAGGGAUCUGACAUGAUCCAAGACUUCUUGUGCUCGACCUGCGAAGAAAAAAAACUGGAUAAAAUGGCUGAUUUCUUCUGUGAAUCUUGUGUGAAGUUUUACUGUGGAGAAUGUGUUAACAUGCACAACAAGUUGUUUACAAAACAUACCCCCUAUGGAAGAGAAACUAUGAAGAAAUGGCCAGUGGCCAAGAAGGUGGAAGAUUUUCUUUUGAAAUGUGAUGUCCAUAAAGAAGAAAGCCUGAAAAUGUAUUGUGAUGAUCACAGUGAGCUGUGCUGCACAAAUUGUGCCUUCCUUAAACACAGACUCUGCCAAAAGGUAACUCUUAUAUCCGACAAAGUGAAAGGUCAGUCCACAGACCUUCAAAAACUGUCAGUUUCUAUCAAAUCUGUUCUGGAAGAAAUAAAAAAACUUCAAGACAACCAAGAGGCUAGCAUUCAAUAUGUUCAAAGUUCAUUUGACGAGCAGUUACACACAAUACAGAAUACUCGCCAAAAAAUAAAUUCAGCCUUAGACACAAUCGAACAGAAAACACUGCAGGAAAUGAAAGAUACUCUUACCAAACUUCAAGCCUCUUCCAAAAGUGAUGUUGACAAAUGCAUCAGGCUCAGGGACGAAUUGAAACAACUUCGUGAUGCCAUACAGGAUAUCAGUGAUAAAAGCAAACUGGAACUAUCCUUUAUAGCCAUCAGGAAAUGCAAGGAUAAAAUACAGCAGUCUGAAACCUUUCUGAAGGAGAAUUCUCUUCAGGCUAAAGUUUCAAUAACAUUCCAGCCUAACCAUGAAAUUAUACAGUACUUGUCUAAACUGUCUGGUCUUGGACAGAUUGAACACAGUACACAGACAUUGAUGGGACAAGGGAAUCCAAACAAGGUAAUCACUGUGCAGGGGAAGUCUGAACACAAUGUGAAAAUAUCAAGUGAUUCAAAAAAAUGCAGUAUCAUAGCCAUCUGUGUACUCCCAGACAGAAAGGUCCUGGUUGUAGACAACUCUAAUGCGAAUGUCAAGCUUCUUGACCAGCAGUACCAGGUGGUGAGUCACUGGAGUGGUACUGGCAGGCCAUUGGGUAUGUGUGAGAUCACAUCCAGUGAGGUGGCUGUGACUGUGAAUGGUCCAGAUACAAACACACAUGAGGUCCAGUUCAUCACAGUAAACAACAGGCAGCUGGUCAUGGGGAAAAAGCUUCAGUUUCAACAUACAUGUAGUGGUAUUGCCUUCCACCAAGAAGACCUGUAUAUUACUUCUAAUACUGCCCUGUACAUGUACACACUCAGUGGGAUAUUUGUCAGCAAGAUGUAUGAGGAUACAUCAGAUGAUCUGACAGUAGGGAGGUGUGCUGUGAGUCCCACAGGGGACAAGUUGUACAUCACUAACAACUCCAAGCACAAGGUUCGUAUCCUGGCCAGGGAUGGGUCAGUCCUGUUUACCUUUACUGACCCAGCACUGGCCUGGCCAUUUGGUGUAAAUGUGACACCUUUCGGGCAAGUGCUGGUAUGUGGAGGCUUCUCCAACUUCUAUAUCAUACAGUUGGACAGUGAGGGAAGAAGAAAGCUGGCCACUCUUGCUACGGAGAAGGGUGACCCAUUGUCAGUCUGCUACAACAGACACACCGCCUGCAUAAUUGUCGGAAUUGGCAGAAACAAUAGUAUCCAGGUGUUCAAAGCACAAUAGUGUUAUUUAACAAGCAUCUUGUUUUAUUUUUCAGAUUAUUCAAAUUGGCCAUGAGAAUAUGCUGUUUUACAAUUAGAGCAUUGAGAUAUGAUACCAUAACAAUGAUAGUAUUAAUAAAAAGUAUAUGUGAACAUUAUAAGUGCUAUGCAUGUAUUAAGUUGUUAAAUCUAUGAAAAUUCUUUGUGUAUUUCUAUUUCACUUAACACGUCAAAAUGAUUUUAGUUCAGAGAAUAAUUUAUGUUAUUUACCUGACAUCAAAAUCGCACUCGAUUUAUGUAUAUUGGCUUUCAUGUUUUUAACAUACAUUACAAACGUAUAGAAGAUUACUUGAAAAUUGUUUGAUCCUUGGUUUUGAAAUAUGAUGAAAAUUGUUGUUUCCUGCUUUGAAAACACAUUUCUUUAAAAAUUGUAAAGACCUUUUCUCAGGUUUGGAUCAAAAUUAAUACCCAAUGAAAUGUUCAAAUAUUCUCUUCCAGUUCAAUUAAAUGAAUAAAUGUUAAUUCAGCAUCGGUUAAUAUGAAAAUUAUAGCGAUGCAGCAUUUUGCAAUUUUUUAACCCGAGUUUACAGUGCGAAGCUGUUCGAACAAGAAUUUACACUAUCAAGACAUUUUGUGUGUGCCCCUUUAUAUUUUCCAGAGUGUUUAUUUUGGUGUUCUUAUAUAAAACAAUUAGAAUUUUAUCAAAUACCCUGUUUCCUAUUUAAUACAACCAUAAAAUAUUGUUUUAAAUUACACAUGUGUAAGAAAACAUUUUAAAUGUUUUCAUUGGCUUAGUUUUUGUUUAUUGACCAAUCGCAUUUUGUUAUUUUGCUGAAAUGACGUUGCAACGUCAAAUGACGUCACGAAAUGUAAUCAAAAUUCGGGAUUUAUCAUUAUGUUUGCGUAAAUAUUUAUUUAAUUCGAUCAUUUAAAAGCAUGUGAUCAAAAAAGAUCCGACACUCGUUGUCAUAUUAAACCAUAUUUUAUUUAACUCGUCCAGGAAAUUUGUCAAAGGCUCGCUUACUAACAAAAUUCCUGAACUCGUUUAAUAAAAUAUGGUAUAAUAUGACAACUUGUGCCUGAUCACAUAUAUAUAUAUAUUGCAUUCUGUAAAAUUGUAAAUGUUAUAACAUAUAGUUCUUCCUCACUCUUCCCUACCCUUAUAUGUAUGCACUUACAUUAUAAAAAUUCAUAUAAUUGUUUUUUUUUAUAAUUGAUAUUCAAACAUUUUUAAGUAAUGAGUUUCACAUAAGCAAAAAUUACAACAGUGCAUUCAUGUAGAAUUAAGUAGCUGCAAGACAUUUAAGAAAAACCAAUAGUAAGAACCAGUUUAAUUGAUCUUAUUACAAAUAAUAUGUCAUAAACAUAAAUUGAUUACCAUUAGUCUUUUUGCAUAAAUUCUCCGGUUAUAAAUAGUAAUGAAAUACAAUGCAAUCAAUUUUAAUAAAGUUGGAUAUAUUCCAAGAAAACAUAUACAUGCAUGUACAGGUAAAUUAAAGAUUGGCUCCCUAACAAGUCUUAAACACUGUUACAGAAAACAUCAAGAAUAAAGUUUAAAAAAUAGAAAAAAAGUAAGUUUCAACAGGACUCGAACCACUGACCCCUGGAGUCGUGGAGAAAAAGUCUACCACUGAGACCACUCGGCCAUCCGCACCCAUACAAUCACUGAUGUAUUUUAUAUAAGCAAUCAUCGUAGUUUCACAAAAUAUAACGACAACAACAGAACUCUCCAAAUUAUUUAAUCGUUUCGCGCUGCAACGCUUUAUAAUGUUCAGGUUUUUAAAUCGUCAAAAGAUGCAUAUAAUGGCUAUUUUAGAGCAUAGUAAACAUUCAGUAUUACUGUUUCCUCACAAAUAUCAUAACUAAAACGAAAAUUUGUGAAUCCGAACCAACUUUUUUAACUUUGUCAAUUUACCACAACGUGAUAAGGUCUCUUUAAACCUGAACAUUGAGUGCUGAUGGUGACAAAUCGUAAUCAUGUAGUCAUUUUCUAGGCCGAGUUUAAAUCUGGGUCACAUGUACAAAAAACUCGAUCACUAAGUAAAUUCUUAAAAUAGCCUUGAUACCACAUUAGAGGCCACAUUUUUUACUCAUUCAUGAUGCUACCUGAAAAUAUUGCCAUAACACACCUGUACAAUGGUGUUGUUGCAUUUGUAUAUGAGCCUUGCUCUGGGAAAACGGGGCUUAAUGCAUGUGUGUAAAGUGUCUUUCCAGAUUAGCCUGUCGAGUCAACACAGGUCAAUCAGGGCGACACUUUCUGUCUUAACUGGAUUUUCGCCUGUGUGGAUUGCCAGUUUUUCCAAAACGAUGCUCAAGUGUUUAUGUUAAUAUAUCAUAUUGACACAUAUACAUAGCCAUUGCAAUGGCAGAAAUAGUCAAUUAUACAAAUAUGUACACACAUUGUUCAUAUAUUUUAUGUUCACAUGUUUCUUGUUGAAUUUGGCUGUGUUAUUUGACUCUUCAUUCAUAUCACAAUUCAUAUGCAUUAUAUAAAUGUAUACCAAGCACUAUACAAAGUGGAUGUGAUCAAGUGUGGGGCCUUAUACACCUUAUGUGUGAUCAAGUGUGGGGCCGUAUACAAAGUUAAUGUGAUCAAGUGGGGGCCGUAUACAAAGUGGAUGUGAUCAAGUGUGGGGCCUUAUACACCGUAUGUGUGAUCAAGUGUGGGGCCGUAUACAACGUAAAUGUGAUCAAGUGGGGGCCUUAUACAAAGUAAGUGUGAUCAAGUGGGGGCCUUAUACAAAGUAAAUGUGAUCAAGUGGGAGGCCUUGCACAAAUUAAGUGUCAUCAAGUGUGGGGCCGUAUACAAUGUGAGCAUGAUUAAAUGUGUGGCUUUAUUCAAAGUAAGCAUGAUUUAGUGUGAGGCUUUAUACAAUGUGAGUGUGAUAAAGUGUGGGACCUUAUACAAAUUAAGUGUGAUGAAGUGUGGGGAAUUAUACAAAGUAGUGGUAUUUAGUGUGGGGCCUUAUACAAAGUAACUGUGGGGCCUUUUACGAAUUAAGUGUGGUUAAGUGUGGAUCCUUAUACGAAGUAAGUGAGAUUAAGAGUGGUCUUUAACAAAGUGAGUAUGAAUAAGUGCGGGGCUUAUACAAUGUAAAUGUUUGUAAUUGUCGGGUCUUAUACAAAGUAAUUGUGAUUAUAAAUGGGGCUUAUACAAAUUAAGUGUGACUAAGAAUUACCCUUGCUUUAAAACAUUGACAAAAACUUAUUUGUUAAGUCAGAUUUGUUUCAGAUUUGUUAACUACACUCUUUAUAUAUUUACUUGUAAGACUAAUGUUGCAUUUUAUACUAAGUCUUUCAAAAUGCCACUCCUGAAGACGAUUGUGUAUAUAGAAUGCAAAAUUAGUAAUCCAAAUGAUUGUUAGAAAUACAUGUUUGUUAUUAUGCACCCUUUGCAGAUGCGGGAUCGAAUCACUGUUUACUUUUUAUUUGAUGUUAACAGUCGAAUUGCUUGUAACAUGAAAUUUGGUUAAGAACAAAACAUCUAUAAGUAUACGGUAAGUUUAGUUUAAUUUCUAAGCCUGAACAUAUUUUGGCUGGUUUCCAUUUAUAAAAUGAGGUUAUUUCUUAUCAACAAAUUUUAUCAUAAUCUGUACUUAUUUACCUACCUAAAGGUCAUUAUAGGCUUCUUGUUUUGCAUUCUAAAAUGUUUGUCCAUAUUUACCAAAUCUGACUGUUACUCUGAUGUAUUUGUUUUCCAAUUGAAGCUAUAAUUUCACAAUAUUUUUGUCUUCAGUAAGACUGUGUCCGGAGAAAAUCUCCACAAAAAACUGAAUAUUGUAUGUGUAUUUUCUAGGGUGUAUGUUAACACUGUUUCAGCGUACAUAUCUUCAUUUCAUUUUUCUUCUUCAAUGUUUUUUAACAUUUAUUUUUAAUUCCUUAAAAUACAUGAAUGUUUAAAAUGCGAGUUAAAUUAAUUUUCUAUUUAAGUAUUAAUACAAUUAAACUGUUUCUAAAAAAAAAUAGAAACCCUGUUUUAGUAUAGGUAAGCUUUCUGACACUAUAGUGAUGAUUUUUGGCGGUGUUUAGAUUAUAUUUAAACUAAUUACCUUGUUUUCUCAGUAUAAAAAAUUGUAAUUUGUUUGCUAACAAAAAUAUAGUCCCAAAUAAACAACAAAUACCCUUCAAGGCAAAUUAAAGUUGUUCAUUAGAUAAUUGUGCAAGUGAUAUCAAUCUAUUAUUGUUGGCAUCUGUUUGUAUACAGAGUAAACAGUAUUUGUACAAAUUAUCAUCUAUGUAUAUAUUGGUAAAGCAUCAAAUUCAAUAUGUACCAAAGUUUUGUCACAGAAUAAAAUGUAUUUAUCUUUUCAAAAAACUUUCUUAUUUAUGACACAUUUUGGUAUUGCCGACAUGGGAGAAAAUGUGGGGACACAUUUUGAAACUAGCCCUUCUGGAAAACUUGGCUAACUGCAUGAGUGUAAAGUACUUCCCAGAUUAGCCUGUGCAAUCUGCACAGGCUAAUCAAAGAAUACACCUUUCACUUUUAUGGAAUUUGUGGUUUAAAGUCUCUUCUAAAUGAAAACCACUCUAGGCUGAAAGUGUCGUCAAUGAUUAGCCUGUGAAGAUGGCACAGGCUAAUCUGGGAUGAAAUUUUACGCUCCUGCAUUAAGCCUGUUUUCUAGUGCAAGACUCACAUGGCCCCAUGUCUGUUUACAUGUACCUUAAAGUGAGCUGUGAAGUAAGAAACCACAAGAAAUCAAAUUGAUAAAAUGUUUAUUUACAUGUUAACAAAGUCAGUAAUUAUAAACAAGAGGGCCAUGGUGGCCCUAGGUUGCUCACCUGAGUAGUUUUAACGUUAAGCAAGGGUUGUUAACGUUGUUUUGUGAAAAGAAAGGGUUUGUUGUUUAGGCAGAUAUAUACGUAUAUGCGUUAAAAGUACUUAGUAGUUCUUUGUGUGUGUUUAUGUUUUUAAAAAAGACAUUUGUUACCUGUUGCAACAAAGCUAUAUUUUUGGUAAAAGUAAUAUGUGGACAUUUAUUUAAUAAUGAGCAUCAGCAAAUGAGAAUGGAGGUACUUUUUUGCACAAAUUGUUGUCCAGCUUUGAGAUCAUGCAAUAAUGAGAUUAGCGUCUCGGCAUCUUUGGAUAUUAUAGGGGAUGACUAGUUACAACCCGUUUUUGCAAGAACAGCUUUAGAUACCGCAAACAACUGUAUAGAUUUAUUGUUUAUGAAAUAGAUUUUGCAUAAUUACAUAUAAUAUGUUAAAUUGUAUGAAAAGUCGGUAAUAAAGAAGUAAAUGAG